AUGGCAAUGGCAAAUAACAAAACAAUAUGUUUUAAAUGUAAUAAGAAAAAAAUAACAUAUCCUUGUAAAGGAUGUUCAAAAGAGUUUUGUUUAAUGGAUUUAACAGAACAUCGUCACAUAUUAAAUCAAGAAUUAUAUCAUAUUACUAAUGAUUAUGAUCAGGUUAAACAUAGAAUUAAUGAACAAAAACCGAAUCCACAUGAUCUUUCUUCAAUAAAUCAAAUUAAUCAAUGGGAAACAAAUUCCAUCGAAAAAAUUAAACAAAAAGCAAAAGAUUGCAGAGAAAUUGUUAUUAAAUCAUCACAAACAUUUUUGAAUGAUAUUGAUAUGAAAUUUAAAGGUUUAACGGAACAAAUAAAACAAAUUCGUGAAGAAAAUGAAUUUAAUGAAAUAGAUUUAAUUUACUUAAGAAAUCAAUUGAGAAAAAUCUCUCAUGAAUUAAAUAAUUCAUCAAACAUGUCUAUUCAACAAGAUUCUCAAUCAUUUAUUAAUGAAAUUUCAGUUAUUUCAUUAGAAAAACCAAAAUUUAACAAAUGGAAACAAAAUGCCAUCACUGUGGCUGGUGGAAAUGGGCUAGGACAACAAUUAAAUCAACUCACUCACCCUUACGGAAUCUUUAUUGACGAAAACAAAAAUAUUUUCAUUGCUGAUUGGCAUAAUCAUCGUAUUGUAGAGUGGAAAUUUAAUGCAAGACAAGGACAAGUCAUUGCAGGCGGAAAUGGGGAAGGAGAUCGAAUGGAUCAAUUGAAUUGUCCAACGGACGUAAUUGUUGAUCAACAAAAUCAUUCGAUCAUCAUUGCAGAUUCGGGUAACAGACGAGUGAUUCAAUGGUUAAAUCAAAAGCAACAAACUCUCGUUCAGAAUAUUGACUGUUUUGGCUUAGCAAUGGAUAAACAUGGAUUCCUUUAUGUUUCUAAUCCGACGAACAAUGAAGUGAGAAGAUGGAAAAUGGGAGAAUACAAUGAAGGAGUUGUAGUUGCAGGUGGAAAUAAACAAGGAUAUCAACUUAAUCAACUCAACUAUCCUACUUUCAUCUUUAUUGAUGAAGAGCAAACUGUUUAUGUAUCAGAUUGUGACAAUCAUCGUGUAAUGAAAUGGAGAAAAGGUGCAAAAGAAGGAACAAUUGUAGCUGGAGGAAAUGGUCAUGGAGAAAAUCUUAAUCAAUUAUCUACACCUCACGGAGUAAUUACUGAUGAUUUAGGUCAAAUAUAUGUGGCAGAUAGGGAGAAUCAUCGAAUAAUGCGUUGGUGUGAAGGAAAAGAAGAAGGUGAAAUUGUUGUUGGU